AUGGAUUUGGAUGAGCCGCAUGAGCUUGAUUCAGUUGAGCCAGCAACUCGACAUAUUCGUUCAAACUCGUCUCCCUCUGCACGUUAUAUUCCCACGCUUCCAGAGCCGAGAAGGUCAGCCGCAAUUAGGUCGCGAGCAACUCGCUUACUGCGAAGAGAUGAGCCUCCACAGACUCCUCUGGCACACAUCCUACAUCUUGCCGCCAGUGCCCUUGCAGCUCAGAUCUCAGGGAAUACAGUCCCGGCAACCCCCAACGUUCAAAACGCGGGAGCGGAUGGGCUGGAGGGGCCACUAGAAUCUCUCUUGCAAGGCUUGCAGCAAAUCGCUUCCUCGCAAGAAGAAGCUAGUACAAAUGAUAACCCAACAGAGGGGGGCUUUCCCAACGUCAACUUCUUGAGAGUUUUCCGCUUCUCUAAUCCUGAUAGCCCUCAAGACCAUUCAACCGUCUCGUCUCAAACCCCGGAGGACUCAGGAGAUCCAAUGGAGACAGACACUCAGGAAACAGGGGAGGAUAACCCUGAAAGACGGUUACUGACUCUAGUCGUGGUCGGCGUAAGAUCCAUUCCAGUCAAUGCUAACACCGGCCAUGAAAACGGUAACAAUGGGAGAUUGAACGUUGAAUCUCUUCUACGCUUGUCAUUCCUUUCUGCUGGAAAUCUUCUUCGCAAUGAGCGAGGCUCUGGCGGUUUACUGCGCCGUGGCGAUGGGCGUUCUCGUUUCUCUACAGGCCGCAAUUCUGUGCCAGGACACCCCAGCCAUGAUGGUCACCGCCAUCAAAGGUCAUCCGCGUCUUCCCGAAGACAUUCUGAUGCCGGAUCCUUGGCUGAUUUAUCCUCGUCACUUCCCACAGUUCUGUCAGAAAGCCCGCCAGGACCAAAUCCCCCGCCUUCCACGCCAGCCGAUCCCGGUUUGUCCGGGGCGUCUUCGGUCGUAAAUACCCCAAGUAGAAGACCAUCGUCUGCGUCGGCAUUACUCCCUCAACUGAAUGAAGAUUCCAGCGGAGAAGCUGAGGCGACUACUCAACAAAACCCGGCUUUUAAUUUCCCUCGUCAGCGGCGGCGAAGCGAUUCAGAAGCUGCGCGGCAUCGUGGACUUGGUUCAGGUGCAGCUCGCCGUAAUGGAGUGGUUGAACCAGAUGAUUCUUCGCCAAGUACCACCAGAAGCUGGCUAAUCUAUGUGGUUGGUGCCAAUUUGGCCGAAAAUCAUCCGGCUCUCACCGCUCCCAGCUUGUUCACCGAUAACCCUACAUAUGAGGAUAUGAUGCUAUUGUCGUCUCUUCUCGGCCCCGUUAAGCCUCCCGUAGCAUCAGAAGAGGACGUCGCUUCUGCGGGGGGUCUCUACCGAUUGAUUCAAUAUCCUGGAUCAUUGAUUGCCGAGAAUAUGGAAGAUGGAACGAGUAUUCGCGUUAAUGAAAACGAAAGAUGCCUAAUAUGCCUCUGUGACUACGAGGCUGAGGAAGAAGUCCGGUUACUAGCAAAAUGCAGACACAUAUACCAUCGUGAAUGCAUUGAUGAGUGGUUGACUACUGGACGGAAUUCCUGUCCAUUAUGCCGAGGUGAAGGAGUCUCGAACGCCAACAACAGUGAGAACUCCGCCGGACCCGAAGUCGAUGUAGCAUAA